CAGCACCCAGCCACCAUGUGGGAACUUGUGGCUCUCUUGCUGCUUACUCUAGCCUAUUUGUUUUGGCCCAAGAGAAGGUGCCCUGGUGCCAAGUACCCCAAGAGCCUCCUGUCCCUGCCCCUAGUGGGCAGCCUGCCAUUCCUCCCCAGACAUGGCUAUAUGCAUAACAACUUCUUCGAGCUGCAGAAAAAAUAUGGCCCCAUCUAUUCCGUUCGUAUGGGCACCAAGACUACAGUGAUUGUCGGCCACCACCAGCUGGCCAAGGAGGUGCUUAUUAAGAAGGGCAAGGACUUCUCUGGACGGCCUCAAAUGGCAACUCUAGACAUCGCGUCCAACAACCGUAAGGGUAUCGCCUUCGCUGACUAUGGCGCACACUGGCAGCUGCAUCGAAGGCUGGCAAUGGCCACCUUUGCCCUGUUCAAGGAUGGCGAUCAGAAGCUGGAGAAGAUCAUUUGUCAGGAAAUCAGUACAUUGUGUGAUAUGCUGGCCACCCACAACGGACAGACCAUAGACAUCUCCUUUCCUGUCUUCGUGGCGGUAACCAAUGUCAUCUCCUUGAUCUGCUUCAAUACCUCCUACAAGAAUGGGGACCCUGAGUUGAAGAUCAUACAGAAUUACAAUGAAGGCAUCAUAGACAACCUGGACAGCCUGGUGGACCUAAUCCCCUGGUUGAAGAUUUUCCCCAACAAAACUCUGGAAAAAUUAAAGAGCCAUGUUAAAACACGAAAUGAUCUGCUGAAUAAAAUACUUGAAAAUUACAAGGAGAAAUUCCGGAGCGACUCUAUCACCAACAUGAUGGACAUACUGAUGCAAGCCAAGAUGAAUUCAGAUAACGGCAAUGCUGGCCCAGAUCAAGACUCAGAGCUGCUUUCAGAUAACCACAUUCUCACCACCAUAGGGGAUAUCUUUGGGGCUGGCGUGGAGACCACCACCUCUGUGGUUAAAUGGAUCGUGGCCUUCCUGCUGCACAAUCCUCAGGUGAAGAAGAAGCUCUAUGAGGAGAUUGACCAGAAUGUGGGUUUCAGCCGCACACCAACUAUCAGUGACCGUAACCAUCUCCUCCUGCUGGAGGCCACCAUCCGAGAAGUGCUUCGCGUCAGGCCCGUGGCCCCUAUGCUCAUCCCCCACAAGGCCAACGUUGACUCCAGCAUCGGUGAGUUUGCUGUGGACAAGGGCACACACGUUAUCAUCAAUCUGUGGGCGCUGCAUCACAAUGAGAAGGAGUGGCACCAGCCGGAUCAGUUCAUGCCUGAGCGUUUCUUGAAUCCAGCGGGGACCCAGCUCAUCUCACCGUCAGUAAGCUAUUUGCCGUUUGGAGCAGGACCUCGCUCCUGUAUAGGUGAGAUCCUGGCCCGCCAGGAGCUCUUCCUCAUCAUGGCCUGGCUGCUGCAGAGGUUCGACCUGGAGGUGCCAGAUGAUGGGCAGCUGCCCUCCCUGGAAGGCAACCCCAAGGUGGUCUUUCUGAUCGACUCUUUCAAAGUGAAGAUCAAGGUGCGCCAGGCCUGGAGGGAAGCCCAGGCUGAGGGUAGCACCUAA